AUGGACCGGGGUGCCAGCACUGGUGGCAGCUCGGGAGCUGAGACUGAAGCAGCAGCAGCAGCAGCAGCAGCAGCAGCAGCAGGAGAAGUACCAGUAGCAGCAGGGGCGGUAACCAGGGCUUCGAGCAGCAAGCGAAGAGAUACAGCAGCAGCAGCAGCAGCAGCAGCAGCAGCAGCUCCCGUUGCUGCUGCUGCAUCUGUUGACCUGAGAGCAACAGAUAUGUCUCCGCGGGCAGCAGCAAAGACAACCCCAAGGCGCCGCCGUCCUCUCCGCAGCAGCAGCAGCAGCAGCAGCAACAGCAGCUGCAGCAGCAGCAGCUGCAGCAGCACAGCAGCAGCAGCAGCACCUGCAGCAGCUGCAGCAGCAGCAGCAGACCCCAGGGAACCUCUAGCAGCAAAGACAUCUCGCCACGGUGCUGCCACCGCAGCAGCAGCAGCAGCAGCAGCAGCAGCAGCAACGACAGCGGGAGCAGCAGCACUUGCACCCCAGCUCUGCAACAGAACAGCACGAACACGACAGCAACACCAGCAGCAGCAGCAGCAGCAGCAGCAGCAGCAGCAGCAGCAGCAGCAGCAGCAGCAAGAAGUUGACUCUACUGAGGGGGUUUACUGCGCGCUGCUGUCGGGCGCCGAGGACCCUGCUGCUUCUCCUCUGUCUUGUAUAGAAGCAGCAAAGCAGCAGCAGCAGCAGCAGCAGCAGCAGCAGCAGCAGCGGGCUGCUGCAGCAGCAGAUGCAGAAGCUACUGCUCCACCGCCUGCAGCAGCACCUGCUGCUGCUGCUGCUGCAGCAGCAGCAGCAAGGAGACACAGCGUCGCUCAGCACCUGCCAGUGAAGGAUACGGAGACUUCGGGCGCCGAGGACCCUGCUGCUUCUCCUCUGUCUUGUGGCAGCAGCAGCAGCAGCAGCAGCAGAUGGGAGUUGAGGGCAGCAACAACUCGCUGCCGCGACUCUUCAGUGGCAGCAGAGGGGGCAGCAGCAGCAGCAGCAACUGCAGCAGCAGCAGCAGCAGCAGCAGAAUCAGCAGCAGAAAGGAAUGAGAUGACAUCAACAGCAAGAACGGCGGUAGCCCGUCCUGCUGCUGCUGCUGCAGCAGCAGCAGCAGCAGCAGCAGCAGCAGAGGAGGAGGACGAGGGGGGGAGAGGGGCUGAAGCAGCAGAGACGAGUGCCCCCGCAGCAGCAGCAGCAGCAGCAGCAGCAGCAGCAGCUGUGCCAGCUGCUGCUGCUGUUGAUCCGCCCGCAGUUGAUGAUUCAGCAGAUCCCCAGUCAGCAGCAGAAAGGAAUGAGAUGACAUCAACAGCAAGAACGGCGGUAGCCCGUCCUGCUGCUGCUGCAGCAGCCGCAGCAGCAGCAGCAGCAGCAGCAGCAGGUGGUGCUGCUGCUGGACGGAAGCGUGUUGCUGCUGCUGCUUCUCGUCCUACUCAUAUAAAGAGGUCCCGCAGGCAGCAGCAGGUGGAGCAGCAGCAAGAAGACAGUUCAGCAGCAGCAGCAGCAGCAGCAGCAGCAGCUGCUGCUGCUGCUGCUGCUGCUGAUGCAGAGGAGGAGGACGAGGGGGGGAGAGGGGCUGAAGCAGCAGCGACGAGUGCUCCCGCAGCAGCAGCAGCAGCAGCAGCAGCAGAAGCAGCUGUGCCAGCUGCUGCUGCUGUCGAUCCGCCCGCAGUUGAUGAUUCAGGAGAUCCCCAGAGCAGCAGCAGCAGCAGCAGCAGCAACAGCAGCAGCAGCAGCAGCAGUGGCGGCAGCAGGACUCGCCGUGCUGCAGCAGUUGCUGCUGCUGCUGCUCUGCAGUCUUGCAUACGAAGGCAGCGGCCUGCCCCCAACAAGAAUAACAGCAGCAGCAGCAGCAGCAGCAGCAGUAGCAGCAGCAGCAGCAGCAGCAGCUUGGCUGUUGCCCAACAGCAGCAGCAGCAGCAGCAGCAGCUUCUGCAGCAGCAGCAGCAGCAGCAGCAGCAGCAGUUUCUAUUCCUCGUAGUGUUGCAGCAGUGGAAGCAAUAA